AUGUUCAAAAAGAAGCCUACGAUCAAAAAUCUUUCUCCACUACGGUCUUCUGACCGUAGGAAGAUUGCCGACCAAAUUAUCAAAGAUUACCAAAUCCCCGUCACCUCGGCCCCCACCAAAGCAGACUCGUCUGGGCCCAGCACCGCAUCUGCCCCCGCAUUGAGCCUCACAACGAUCCGGAAUGCCCUCCUGCCCGAUAACACUCAAACCGCUCGUUUUACAACCACUGCUGGUCCAGACCUACGCGAACUUCAAGGGGUCGUAUAUGUUGGGACACAUCCCGACGGCGAUGAGCGGGUGCUAUGGUUCAAGCUGGAACACGGCCCGGGGGCCGAAAACCGACUAUUCCCAACUGUCUAUACACUAUGGCACAACCCGAACUUGGUUCCGUUACUCUAUACUCCGGAGUUUGUGAUGGGAAAGCUCCAUGGUGGAGCUGAUUUAAUGACGCCGGGCCUUGCGAAUGAACCUCCGUUCCCUGAAAGGGCGGUCAAGGGCGCCGUUGUUGCGGUCGCGAGUGUAGACCGACAUACAGUGCCACUUUUUGUGGGCGUCUGUGAGAUUGAUGUUUCGGCAUUGGGAGAGGUGCAAGGCACAAAGGGCCAUGCCGUCCGUGGAUUGCAUUGGGAGGGUGAUGAACUUUGGGCGUGGAGCUCUGCGUCACUGCCGGGCCGUGCAGCUCCAGAGUACUUGGAGGGCUGGGACGAGGAUGAAACCGAGGGUGUUGAAGAACAAAUGGAGGAAUUGAAAAUUGAGGAUGAUGAGCCGACAGCUGCCUCGGGGGACAUUGAAACACUAAGCAAUGACCCAAGGAUAUCAGAAGAACCCGUCAUCGAGGUCGAUGCACCCCCAACAGAGGAAAUCGACGACGCAUUCGUCAAUGCUUUUGUCUACGCCCUCUACAAGCACAAGCAGGAUAAUCCGUCCGCAGCAGACCAUGGCCUUCCACUGCCAAUCACAGCUUCGGCAUUGAUAGCCAACUUCACUGCUCCUUAUCUUCCUGUGCACACACCUCAGCAGGCUCAGCAUUACAACAUCAAGAAAACCAGUUGGAAGAACGUAAAGAAGUUCAUGAAACAUCUAGACAAAUCGAAGCUUGUCAAAACCAAGGAACGUAAUGGUCAAGAGACCGUUAUUUGGGAUGUGGACUUUGAGGACCAUCGGGUUGAGCGAUUUGUGCCAUACAGAUUGCCUUCACCGCGUGCUCUGGAGAACAACAAGGCGACCGCACCCGAGGGCAAAAAGUCGGCUGCGCUGGAUGGCUCCGACCCUUCAGUGGGCCAAACGAUCACUGUGCAGAGUCUAUAUCGGCCAUCAGGAAAGCUAGUGCCAACCAUUUUCCCUGCCCUCGCUGCCAGCGACACAAAUAACUUCUACAAAUACUCCGAAGUUUCCAGUCACUUGGAUCAAUAUCUUGAAUCCCAAAACCCCCCGAUCAUCUCAAAAGAGAACAAGCGCAUCAUAACCCUCAACCCAUUCCUCGCGAACACCAUCUUCAAUUCAUCAUCAACCGAAGAUAAGGGGACACUGGCACGUGGCAAGGCCACUCGCGAUGGUCUUCUUAAACGACUCAUGGAUGAUAAAACACUGCUUUCGCCGUACCAUGUCAUUUUGAAGACCAAUCAAACUCUUGCAGACGUCAAGCCGAAAGCAGGCCCCGCACCGAAGGUCCAUGUCACCCUCGAGAAGCGGACAGGCUCCAAGACCGUUACCAAAGUUAUGACUUUGGAGGUCUUCGGCAUUAUUCCUAGUCUGUUGGCACAGGAGCUGCAGAAGAAGUGUGCCGGUAGCACUAGUGUCACACAAGCUACUGGUGCCCCCAAGGGGAUCAUGGAAGUUUUGGUGCAGGGCGACCAGCGAAAGGCCAUUGAGACAGCCCUGGUUCGCCGUGGAUUGAAGUCACAGAUGAUUGAGGUUGUGGAUAAGACCAAGAAGAAGAAAUGA